AUGGAAUGCAUGGAUAGUUGCAAAGAGAGAAAAAUGAAUUUCGGAGAAAAUAUGAAGAAGUUGGCCAGCUGGAACGAGUCUUGCACAGUUGAUUCUGUGUGCCUUCACACUCUCGGUUGGACAUGUUUAUCGGGACAUUCGAAGGCCGAGCUUCAACAACGUUUAAUGAACGUGUCUGCAUUGCCGCAUCCACCAAAGUUUCAACAAGCAAAAAAGAAGCGACGCUCACUGGAACGUUGGACCUCAAAACGGUGGAGGUACAAAUACUUUUUUUGGUACGGAGGCGGUGGUGAUCGACGUUAUCGCACUACAUCGACACCAGUCACCCCUCAGCGAAUGGAUGUUGGCGACUUCGAUUGGCGGACAACCGGAGCCGUGAACCCGAUCCGUGAUCAAGGGCAAUGCGGUGCCUGCUGGUCGUUUGCUGCCGUGGCCGCCAUCGAGACCACGUCAAACUACGUGAAUGGACGCCUAAACACGGAGCGUAGAUCGUACUCAGAACAGUGGCUACUGGAUUGCAGUACGCGGAAUGGAUGUGACGGUGGAUGGCCAUCUGAUGCCAUUGCUUAUGUGCAAUCGCGUGGGCUCGCUCGGGCAGAAGCGGACGUCUAUGUUGGGAGGGAAACGAAAUGUCCUCGUAACACAUCAGGAUUGGACAAGCCAGUGAGCGGACAAGUCGACCUUACCGGCAAUCCCAUCGCCAUUCAACAAUAUAUCUUGAACAAUGGACCCGUUACUGCUGGUUUUUAUGUUUGCGAGAAUUUCAUGCAUUACACGGGCGGUGUCUACAGCACCGAUUGCUCGCCCGACGAUCCGGAUUACUUAGGAGGGCAUGCGGUAGCGGUGAUCGGUUAUGGGACAACGAGCAACGGAGUCGAUUAUUGGCUUGUUAGAAACCAAUGGGGAACGGGUUGGGGACAAGCCGGCUAUUUUCAGAUUCUUCGCGGCUCAGACAUCUCUUCAUUUGAGAGUUGGGGUGUUACCGGUGUCAAAGCCCUCAAGCUUGUC